GCAGCAAAGUGUGCCAGCAAGCUGUGCCACGCUCAGCGUUAUCGUUUCAAGACUCGCACAUGCCGCGAUAAAAUGGAACCUUCAUUUCUGGACCCAUCGUGGAAUGCGCUCGCCUGCACGCCCCCUGCAACUAACUUCAGCACAGCUCUUAACCCGCCACAAACCGCGCUCAAUGGCUCGUCUCCCUUAUCGCACGUUGUGCCUCUGAAUCGUCACUGUGUGCGCCGAGCAGCACUUGUGCCUUUACGACGGACAGCGCAUCGACAAGGUCUGCUCGACGUGCAUCUCACGCGCCGCCUUCUUCUCGAUCCCGAAAGUUAGAGCGGUGUUUGUUAGGAUGACACCACACCGCGUCGGUGGUGUCGGUCUCGUGCCUCAUUAUGGCAUGGAAAUGGCUAGAUGCCCCAUCGGAAACCACAAACGUCACGAUGGUCUAGGCAAGCCAUUGCAACGAAUUCCAUGCUGGGUGGCUGUCACGAGGGCUGUCCGACGUUCCGCUGUCGAUCAGAGGGGCUUUGCUUGUUGCGGGGCCGUCGCUAGUCUGGUGUCGGCAAUCACCCCUCACCGUGCCUGGGCGCAUGGGGCGCCGCCGCAUACGCCGCACGCCGUCACUAUGCCCGCUGACUCUGCUGGCGGGGGUCAUGCUCCGCUUUGUUUGUUUGCAUAUGGUCCGGAAAACAGAAGCCGUCUGUUUGGACCCUCAUUUUCGAUGAAAGAGAAAGUCUCAGACGUCUCGGGAUUUAGUACUCGCAUCGGCAGUGUCGGGUGCGUGCCUUCACGCAGCUGGGCAACUUGGCUCGCCACAGGCCUUGCAAGUUGCGAUGCUCUGCAACACUGCAAGUAGAUGAUUCUAAUGGACGACUCUGGAUACGAAACCCAAGAGCUCACGCAUACUCGCUCCAGCGAAUGCAUAUCAACGAGUCUGGGGCUUGCAUACCGGUCAAAGACAUACCCAUAUAACGAUCCGAGAUGUGCAACCCUGCAGGACCACUGGUCCAGCUUUCGCAGAG